AUGUCUACGCUCCGUGGCUGCAAAGCACGCUUGACCAACGCGAUCAACAAUUUGACGCGGCUGGUCAACUCGGCGAAUUCCAACUACCCAACCGUCUUCCGUUCGGACGCCCACCCGGCAGUACAGCUCCGCACUCUCCAGCGUCGAAUCGAGGACAUGGGAAACGCUAAGAUCUCCAUUGAAAUAGCAUUGGAGACAUUCCAACAGCGCCAUGAACAUGCCAUAAGCUUUAUCGAAAACCAACCAAACGCCAUAGAGCUUAUGGACACUUUUGACAUCUACUGGCGCGAUCACAAAGGUGACGAAAUGGAACCAACCGCAACCGCUACCAUCUUUGCCCUCGACGAUCUUAUCCGCAAGGAAACCGAACUUGCGGAUAUGCUUCGCACCACCAUAAGCGCAUCCACCACACCACAAUAUAACCCUACUAACACCACUGAUGAGCCGAUGGAUGUCACAUCCAUCAGAAACCCUACCCUAACACCACCGCAUAUGUCCGGAGGCUCAUUACCACCAUACCCUGCUGCGGAUACCAUGAAUGUACAACUCCGCAAGGUAGAGCUGCCUACCUUUGAUGGGGAUUUUUCCACCUAUUAUGAUUUCUGGGCCAAAUUCAAGACCGCGGUCCACGACAAUCCAUCUCUAUCCACCGCUGCCAAAUUUAUCCAUCUUAGUAGCAGCCUUAAAGGUAGCGCCGCACUUGUUGUACAGGGGUACGACAUAACCAAUCCUUCCAACUACCACAUUGAAGCCCUACGCAGACGGUAUGACCGUCCGCAGUUCACCCAUAAUUUCUUUUUACAGAAAUUAGAGAACUUGCCAGCGUCGUCUGCCGCCGCUUCAUCGCAGAGGGACACGUUAUGCCAGAUCCAAGCAUGUAUCCUGCAGCUCAACCGCUUCGAGGACACGUCAACAUCGCUAUCGCUCAAGAAGCUCAUUCGCAGCAAGUUCCCGCGAGAGACUCAGCUGGAAGUGAACAGGAUGGAACACCGGUCAGGUACUAUUUGGAAGAUGCAUGAGUUUCUUGCUGGUAUUGAUGUGUUUAUCCAAGAACUUGAGAAGCUUGACGAUAGCCACUGUCCUCCACCUAGCCACGAUCAACCCUAUUCCGCAUUAUCCACCACAUACCGCAACCGCUCACCAUCUCCAGAACCACUUUAUGAUCCGCAUAGAUGUUGUUUCUGCGGGUCGAGGAGCCAUCGCUCGACCCGCUGCACCACAUCUAUGCAGACCUACGUUCGCCGUAUGAUAGUGCGGAACCUGGACCUCUGUUGGAAAUGUGUCCAACCAGGACACAUGGCCAACUCUUGCCGGGCUCCGAACUGUCGUUACUGCCAACGUAACCAUCACACCAUACUUUGUUCGUAUUCUUCUGUUUCGCGUUUUUCUCGUGAUAGGUCUAGGCGUUCUAAUGAUAAUCGUCGCAAUAGUCGUAAUAGUGUUCGUUAUGAUCGAUAUACUUAUCGUUCUCCCCGCGGACGGUACCCUUCUAGGGAAUCGUCCCGGGAAAGAAGUUCUUCACGCUAUUCCUCUUCAUCGUACGAUUAUCCCUAUUCACCAUCUAUGCGCCAUCCCCGCGACAGAGACUACCACCAUCAGUCUCAUCGCAACCAUUCUCCUUAUCGUAGAUCUGAACGUGAUUCAGAGCGAAUGCGCCACCGCAACCAACGCCGCCACUCACCGUCUCCAUCUUCAGCACCUUACGGGGUCAGAUUUCGUGCUAAUCCGCGCGAUAGUCUCUCACCCGUACGCCGCAGAAACCACUCCAGCCCAGAAUCCAGUAGCCACGUCGCCGAUACGGACGAUGAGAUGCAUAACGCACUUGAUUGCCGUCCGGUCGACGACCCCACCACCCUUACCACCUCAUCCAACCACCAACGCCCUCUUCUUAUGACUGUUAAGGCUCACAUUCGUAAUCCUAAGACGAAGACCCUUGAAACGGUCAACGUCAUGCUGGAUUCAGGAGCCCAAAACAGCUUCAUAAGCAACGCAGCCACUAAGCGCCUAUCCCUUAAACCCUACGACCACAAGCCGCUGACCGUCAUCGGAUUCGGAGGUCAUCGUUCGACCCAAGAAUCCGGUACAGUCGACGCCACCCUCUUAGAUGCCGCAAACAAACCAUUCCCCGUAACCCUACGAACUCAGGAAGUUCUAACUUCCCAGUUCAAACCAUAUCGUCUCAGUAAAGAAGACAAACACGCACUCCGCACAUUCCGCAUUAACCCAGACAGCCUUACCAUCAGUCGCCACGUUACGCCAGAUAUCCUGCUGGGUAUCGACUACUUCUGGGAGGUCCUGAAAAAGGACUCACCGAAGCAGCUACCCUCAGGAUUGAUGCUCGUUAACACGCGAUUCGGACCAGUUGUCUCGGGUUCAACCUUUUUCGUUGAUUUACUGAGACAAUCGCAGAACCAUCUAACCACAUCACCAUCUACACCACAUCGCUCUGAAGACGACAUCACCCGCCUAUGGGACCUCGACCGUUUAGGCAUAACCGAGGAUCCCGAUCCCUCUGUCGACAAGGAAGAGGACGCACGGAUCCUGAAACGUUUUCAGGAUACUGCCCAGGUGAUUGACGGCUACUUGCACGUUCAAUUUCCCUGGAAGUCAUCCCAUCCUCGCCUUGCCGACAACAAAAUGUUAGCCCUUAAGCGUCUUCAGAGCCAAUACCGUUCCUUCCAAACCAAACCAUCCCUAUGGAAAGCAUAUACCGCAACCUUUACGGACUACCUGGAGCAGGGCAUAAUAGAGGAGGUCGACGAGCACCAGUUCGACGACCACAGAGUCUAUUAUAUCCCGCAUCAGGCAGUCAUAAAGGAAACAUCGGCCACCACUAAAUUAAGAGUCGUGUUCGAUGCGUCCUCCCACUACAGAGGCGCACCGAGCUUAAACGACUGUCUCCACUCUGGCCCCGCAAUCCUACCAGACAUGGUAGGAAUCCUCCUCCGUAGCCGCCUAACACCCUAUCUCCUUAUUGCCGACGUAGAGAAGGCUUUCCUCCAGAUUCGUCUACAACGUAAUCAACGGGAUGCCACUCGUUUCCUUUGGCUUCGCAACCCUAACCUACCACCAACUGCGGAUAAUCUUCGGAUCUUCCGGUUUACCCGCGUACCAUUCGGUAUAACCGCAUCACCAUUCCUUUUAGCCGCAUCCAUACUGUAUUACCUCCAUCUUGAACCAUCGAAGCCGCUCCACAAGGAGAUCGAGGACAACAUCUACGUCGACAACAUCCUUCUUAGUGCCUCGUCCGAGCGACAAGCCAUUAAGAAGUACCGCUCUUCCAAAUCCCUAUUCAACUCCAUGCACAUGAACCUUCGGGAGUUCUUGUGCAACUCCAACACCGUUAACCAGUCCAUAGAGCCAUCUGAUCGAGUCAGGAAUCCAUCCUCCGUGAAGCUCCUUGCGCUCAGUGCAUGUUCAUCCACCUUUGAUCCACUUGGUCUUCUCACACCAUUCUUAGUGCCCUUCAAGGUAUUCAUCCAGGACAUCUGGAAGAAGGAAUACCAGUGGGACACUCCAUUUGACCAAGAGGACCAUCAGCGAUGGGACGAAUUGGUCCAGCAGCUCAAACAUCCGUUGCCACCAAUUCCACGUUUCAUCGCUUCCGCAAACCGCAACACCACUUAUGAGCUCGCAGUCUUUGGAGACGCCUCACAACGUCUCUUUGCCUGUUGUGCUUACCUUAUUAGCCGCUCACCAUCAACCACUUCUUCACAGCUAAUCAUGGCUAAGUCAUUGUUAGCAACGGCUAAACUCCAGAUGACUAUGCCACGAUUAGAGUUGCUUGCAUCCCUAAUAAGUGUGCGUCUAGCACGCUUCCUCCAUCACCAACUCCAUCUUAAAAUCCGCACUAUCCACUUCUUUUCUGACUCGAAGAUAGCGCUCCAUUGGAUCCACUCAUCUCGUCCACUUAAACGGUUCGUUCAGAAUCGAGUGAACGAGAUCCGCACCAUCUUAACCACUUUCCACAAGACAGACGUUCAGACGAAGUUCUACUAUGUGCAGUCAGACUCUAAUCCAGCUGACUGUGCAACUCGUGGACUUUCGACCGCUGACGCUGUCAACCACAUCUGGUGGCAUGGACCAUCUUUCCUUUGUUCUCCACAGUCGGAUUGGCCUAAGGCCGAUACGGACUUUGCCCUACCUCAGGAUCUUUGUCCUGAGGCAGAGCACGAGUUUCAGGCCCUUAGUGUCCUUCCGACACAACCAUAUGAAUCACCACUCCGUUUCCGUGCCACUACCUCGGAGAUCACCAACGCGGAAACUCUCCUCAUUAUGGAGCAUUACCGCGAGAGUGAAUCCACGUUGAAACGACUACCAUUGGAUAAGUACAACGCUCACCGCGCUGCAGAUGGAUUGAUCCGAUGUCCGAAUCGAUUAGACCAUGCUCGGACUUCGUCUCAGUCAUCUGCACCAAUCCUUCUUAUUCCGGAGCACCACUUUGUCCAUCUUCUCGUUAUGUACCACCACAAAACCAGGUUCCAUUCAGGUGUUCAUGCCACAAUAGCCGCUCUCCGCACAUCAUAUUUCAUCCCUUCCAUCAAAACCACCGUCACCAGAAUCCUUCGGCUCUGCACAGUAUGUAGAAGAGCCCAAGGACACCCUUACCGCUAUCCUGAGAUGCCUAGUCUCCCUCCGGAACGAGUCAACCGCUCUAGACCGUUCCAGAAGGUUGGACUAGACUACUUGGGACCACUUUACUAUAGAGAUCAGCUCCAUUCUCAGGCCAAGAUUUGGAUCUGUCUCUUCACCUGUAUGGCAACCCGCGCUGUACAUCUCGAGUUAGUCCACAACAACACCGCAUUCGAGUUUUUACUCGCCUUUCGCCGCUUCAUUGCUCGCAGAGGCACUCCGGACCUCAUUAUCAGCGACAAUGCCACCACUUUCCGCUCAGCCAACGAUUCCCUACAAAGCACCAUCUAUAACCGCAAAGCCAUAGAAAAGAUAUCCACUCAACUCGCCAACCGCAAGAUCGAAUGGAGGUUCAUCACUCCCUCUUUCCCCAUGGAAAGGAGGAUUUUAGUGAACGUCUAG